GCUGGCUUUGCUUUGGAUGUCAGCAUGCAAUGCCCAGAAUAGCCAGUAUUUAGACAAAAGUUUUGGUGUCAGGCUGUUUAAAAUUUGGCUGUCGAAAUUCCAGUAAUAGUUUCAAAAAUAAAAAUAAAUAGAAAACUUCAAGAUGUCCAGUGUGCACAGGUCAGGUGCCAAUCAACGGGCAGCAGUGGGUCAAAGACUACGCAGAGGUCAGCAACCAAUUCCGCAGAAUGACAUGAUUGUGUACGGGAACGGAAUCGCUUACGGCGGAACGACGCAUCCAGGUUUGGGGUACGGAAUGUAUCUGCAACCGCCACAGGCGAUGGGACAGCAACUUCCACAGUCGAUGGGGCAGCAGCUUCCACAGUCGAUGGGCCAUCAACUGCAACUGCAACAGCAACAGCAGCAGAAGCAGCGUCAUAAAUCCGUCGGUGCCCCCUGCCUCCAUACCGCCCAGCGGGCUCAGAUGCGAAAUGCCGUCCAGCCGGGCAUCGGCUCGUAUCAAAGUAGUGGUGCAAUGCCAGGAGCUCCGAGGCUAUCGCACAAGGCUUCCAAACAACCUCAAACGCAGCAGGCCUUCGGAAAUUGGACGGUACCGACCACUGCACCUGCAUCAGGCGCCGCCACACCCACCCUUUCCCGAGGACCUUAUGCUGCUUCUAUCCCUGGACAAGCACUAGCACCAAAGCUCUCCGAAAAUUCUACAGUCAACCAGAUGCAAAUGUUGGCUCUGAUGCAACAGCAACAGAUUCAAUUGCAGCAGCAACAAUUGCAACAGCAGCAGGUGCAUCUGCAGGCGUUUUCGGGCAAUAGCUACGGUUACAACAACUAUCAUCCGCAGCCUUGCAGCGAUACCAGCGGAUGGGGGGGCUAUGCCAUGAUGCAGCCAGCGGACAUCAACAAGCCCUACACUUUCGGCUGGAGCUCUAGCGACUAGAUCGAAUAGUAUUUGCCUCGGUGUUGGUGGAUGGAAGUUUCAUAUAUUUUUGACCGCUAAAUCGUCAGGACUAGCUCUAAUAAUGUUUCCUCUUUUUUUGUACACUCUUCCAAUAGAGAUUGCCAUAAUUUUCCACA